AUGAGCGAAGACGACGUGGUGGCCACCUUCAUGGCCAUGACUAGCUGCAACGAGGAGCAGGCGGUGGGCUAUCUUGCUAACGCCAAUUUUGACCUUGCGGCGGCCCACUCGCUCUACGUGGCGGAGCACGAAACCCUGCCUGCGCGCCCGCGACCAACAGGACGUGGUGUAUCUUUGCCGUCAGAGACCUCAGCUUCCGGAUCACUGAGGCAGACAACACCACCGUAUCUUAUCAGCAGGCUUGACGGUGGUGUGGGAGCAAGACAAGAGCAGCCUCUCACCGCGUCAUUGGGGCAACAGAGUCCAUUAAACCCAUUCGGUAUGCCGUUUUCAACGCAGCCUGAUACGAGUUCCGAUGCAGGCCCGACCUCGGUUCUUUUUGCGCUUCCCCCGUUUGUUCAUCAGGCAGGCACAGCUUUCUCACAAUUCUGCGGGCGGGCAUUGGACAGGGAUCAGUGGGUUCUGUUAAGUUUGGUUGGGGAUAACUUUGCCAGUAUGUGCGUCAGCAGAGAUAUCUGGCGCUUUGAGGGAGUGCGUGAGACACUUAACAUGUUUUCAAUCUACCAGAUCAGUGCGGUUUCAGAGCGUGGGGGACAGUUGGCGCAUGGGUACCGCAUCGAUGUGGAGAGGGACAUCCCAACCUUGCUUAUCAUAAACCCCCUCACCACAAUGAAGGAGUCCCGGAUACCGUUAAACCUGAAGGGAACAACCUUUGACGUGAGUGAAGUUGGCGAGACGUUACUUUUCUUUGUGGCAGAACGUGGGUCGCCCUCACAGUGGGAGGGAAGGAAACACAUUGCGCGUGGUGCUGAUUUGGCUCCCGUCGAAGUCCCUGGCUCUCCAAUUGUAAUUGAGGAUCACGUCGAUGACGCACCCGAGGUCGUUGUAUUACAGCCCUCUCAGGCGGAGGCAGAACCCACGAUAGACAUUGUUGACAUCGGCCCGUAUCUUGUGGAGGAAGGCGAGACGCGCGCCUUCUCUCUCCGCUGCCGGCUGCCGAAGGGGCAGGUGACGCUGCGGCUUAACCCAGCAACUCCGGCACAUCUCCUAGUUGAGUACUUGGCCUACCGCGCCUACCAGGAACAGCCAGAGGCUUAUCCACGCGGUGUCCCCAAGUGCACCCUCAAAGCAGGAUAUCCGCCAAGGGAGGUGAAAGUUAAAGACCGGGGAGUGCAGUUAGCGACGUGGGACGCUGUACGCUCCGGAGACACUGUUUUUCUUCAUAUCCAGUAA